UUGAAUUGCAAAUCUGCAAAGCAAUUUCAGCCUGAUGAAGGCUUGGAGCAGCUAGAGGGAGACCCCCCACCACCGCCGCCUCCUCGUCGGAGUGUCCGCUACUCUCGCCGCCGACCGCCGGUGCAUACUCCAUCUCUGCCGCCGCCUCUCUCUCCGUCGGCGCUUCGCCUCGCCUCUCUCGCCGCUCCGGCCGCCGCUUCUCCUCUAGCCGCCGACCGCCGCUGCAUGCUCUGCUCUCGUCAAGAUGGACAAAGGAAAGAAACAGAUGAAUAACGUUUCCAAUAAGGGAAGAACCUCUGCUAAGUGGGAUGACUGCACACAUCUACAAUUUAUAGAGCUUGUAGAAAAAGAGAUUCAGAAGGGAAAUAGACCAGGAUCAUUUAUAAAUAAAGACGGGUGGAAAAAUUUGGUAAAGAGUUUUAAUCAAAUAACAGGAAAAUGUUAUGUAAACAAACAAUUGAAAAACCACUGGGAUGCUAUGAAGAAGGAAUGGACCCUUUUUAAGCAAAUGAUGCGAGGAGAGUCAAGUGUGGGAUGGGAUGAAAGAAAGAAGACUAUUGCGGUAGAUAAUGAUUGGUGGGAACAAAAAAUUAAGGAAAAUGAAAAUUUUCGAAAAUUCAAGAACAAAGACCUAUCCAUUAUAUGGUUUCGCUACGAUGGCUUGUUCUCUGACGUUGCAACAACUGGGGAAAAGGCACAAGUCCCAAGUCAAUAUGAAGCUCCCACUAAACUUUCAAGUACUGAUAAAGAUGAUGAUGCAUGUGACAACACUCAGGACAUAAAUGAUCUUGGAAAGUCAUUCGCCAGGCAGGAUAGUCACAAUGUUGUCAUAACUGGUGACAAUUUGUUUCCAGAACCAAGUUGGCAACAAGGGAGAACAUCGGCUCCUAAAAAGGCUAGGAAGGAAAGGGUAUCGAGUGCUGCCAUGUUAAUGACAAAUAUUGAAGAUUUAAUGCAGAUAUAUUCCAAAAGCACAAAUACUUCAUACUCUGUUGGAGGACCAUCAGAACCAAGCAUUCCAGAAUGCAUGAUUGUAUUGCGGACUCUCCCCAUUCAGAUUGGGAGUUCAUUGUGGAAUUUUGCUUCCACCCUUUUCAUCAAGGCCAGCAUGAGGACUUGUUUCAUGAGUCAACCAAAUGACGAGGCACGUGUGUCUUGGUUGGAGUACCUCCAUAAGAGGGACGAGGAUAAGCGGCCUGGAAUUUUCCUUAAUUUAUAGAAAGCCUCUCCAUCUCGUUAAAUUUCUGUUCGCCUUAUCACCCAUUCUAGAGAAAAUGGUUAUUCAGCCAAUUUAUGUUAUGGAUCAUGGAAGAUUGAUGUUUUGGAAGGCGGUAACACAGUUUAGGCGUUUGUCACCUUUGGCAGAAGUUUUUUUGAAAUUCAAGAUGAUGAUGAUGAUCCAAGUUCAGACAACUGCAAAUGGACAUUCGCUCACUCCUAUUUCUCUUUUGUGAAAGUUGCAACUUCCUUGGUAUUUGGCCUAAUUUUGAAAAUUUUGUAGAUAUUUGGCCAAAUACUUCAUGUAAUGGAUGAAUAUUGAGACAAGAAAUGCAUUUUGCCUCUGUUUAUUUUGGAAA